ACGCAGGAAGAGCAGAGGAUACAAGAAGUAAACUGGAGAGAAGAACAGUGCCUCGAGCCUGCUUUAAUUCUGAUCUUGAUUUCAGAUUGAAAAUGCUUUGUCAUGUGCCAAAAUUGAAAGAAAAGGAGGAACAUAACGAGGAUGACAGUGAUGAUGGGGAACAAGGUCUAGAGGGAGAAAGUAAUGAUGAAGAAGAUGAAGGAGGUAGUGAUGAAGACAGUGAUGAUAUUGGCGAAGAUAUUCCUGACAUUGGCGAGGAACCUGGAAAGGCGAAGCAAGAGGUGGAAAAUCCUCUUUUCGAAGAAUCUGGGGAAUCUAAUGACUCAGAUUCCGACGAUUUCAACGAUUCUGACGACAGUGACGAUGAUUCUGAUAAUGAUGACGAUAAGAAAGAAGAGAAACCUAAAGGAUUUGAAGGGGAAGAUGAUUUGAUUGCAACACUGAAAGCUGCCAGGGAAAAGAAAGUUCGGGAUAGUCCGGCAGAUAUUAGGUUGAAGGAGAGUGGGACAGACAUCUCCUUCCAUCCAGAACAGAACCUGCUCACAGUUGGAAAUAUCCAGGGAGAGAUAUCAGUCUUCAGAGUGGAAAACGAGGAGAACACUGCGUUGAAGAAGUUAAAGAUACAUAAGGGCGGAGUACGUUGUGUUGAGUAUAGUCUGGACGGAGGAACAAUUAUCACCGGAGGGAAGGAUAAAACUAUUAAGGUGUUGGACUCGGAAACCUGGAGUUUUGUUUUUAAGGAUCCGUUGUCCACCCCCUCCCCACUCUACACACUGGCUCCUCUUGAACACGGAGCAGUUUCCGGAGAUGAAGAUGGUACGGUCAAAAUCUGGGAUUUUAGAACUAAGAAGAGUGUUUUGACGAGUAAACGGUUUAACGAGUUUGUCAGCAGUUUCCAUGUCCAGGAGGAGAGGAAGCUCAUCAUUGCUGCUUCAGGAGAAGGAACUAUUCAGGUACAGAGCGUCCCAUUUCAUACUUUAUUAUCUCCAAGCUUGCCAAAAUACGCACAUAAAAAGCUUCAGGUGUACAGUAGUGAAUUGAACUGCCUGGGUUCAGUUCGGGAAGGAACUAAGCUUGUUGUUGGAAGUGGCGAAGGAACUCUGUUUAUCUUUAAUCAAGGAUCCUACGGAUACCACAGUGACCAAUAUCCCGGACAUCCUGACUCAAUCAACAGUUUGUUAUCUGUGACGGACAAUGUGGUUCUAACUGGUUGUGAAGACGGUUCUAUUAGAGCAGUUCAUCUCUUCCCCCACAGAUUUAUUGGAAAUGUUGGACAGCAUGAAGGAGAUAUGCCGAUUGAGAAGAUGGACAUCAACGGUUCAGGAGAAAUCGUUGCCAGCAUAGGGCAUGAUAACCGGGUUAAGUUCUGGAAUAUUGGAUACUUGGAGAAAAUGGAAUACGAGAAGAAGUCGAAACCAGUUUUACAGAAAAAUCUUGGUCCUAAGAAGCGGAAGCUGGCAGAAGCUGUUGCCCGAGAAGGAGAACAUCAGCUUCCAUCUAGCGGCAGGAUUAACAAACGUGAUUUCUUCAAGGGCUUUGCCGAAUAGGUGAAUCUUGCGGAUACGAGAGUAAGUUUAGAAUUCCUGCUGAUAAGAAACCAAGAACAUUAUUGUUUUCAGAA